CGAAAUCCUUGAGAAAAUUACCAGUCAACUUUUCCAAUAAUAGGCGCCAAUUUUUAACAUUUUGACGGGUAUUAUAUUUAAGACCAACGGAAAAAUCUUGCUCAAAAUCAUAUAAGUAGGUGUAUCAUAUUCGUAUGUUAUUGUAUUUUCACGCUACGAUGUGACGGCUGAAUUUGUUGGUACACAGAUGAUUCAUCAUGAACGGGUUGAAUUGUAGUGCUUUGAUUUAGUUUACAUUGUUGGAAAUUUGUGUCAACAAUGACUGUGCCAGUAAAAUGUGGUGUGGAGAUGAAAAAGAUUAGCGGCUCUAUACCUUGUACCAAGGAAGAACUUAAUCUCGGAGUUACUUUAAAAGGAGGGCAAAGUUUUCGGUGGACAAUGGAGAAAAAUGGAAAUAAUUACAGAGGUGUUUUCAACAGUUCUGUCUGGACAAUAUCACAAACUAAUGAAAUAUUGACAUACACAAUGCAUGGGUCUUUGCAUAAGGAUGUAAAAUGUCAUCAUGCAUUGAUUAACUACUUUCAAUUGCAUGUACCACUAAAAGAACAUCUCAAAGUUUGGUCUGAAAAAGAUAGUUAUUUCAAAACAUCUUACAACGAAAUCGGCACCGUUAGAAUGUUGAAUCAAGAUGUUGUUGAGAAUCUAUUCUCUUUUAUAUGCAGUUCAAAUAAUAAUAUUUUACGGAUAUCUGGGAUGGUAGAAAAACUUUGUAGAAUAUUUGGUAAUAAAAUAUGUGAACUGGAGGGUCAAGAUUAUUAUGAUUUUCCAACAAUAGAGGCUCUUGCAAAUUCAAAAGUAGAAUCUGUUCUGAAAAUGGAAGGUUUUGGAUACAGGGCAGGAUACAUACACAAAAGUGCAGAGAAACUUGUGACGCUUGGUGGGAGAGAGUGGCUUUCAUCGUUGAAGAAAGAAAAUGGUUCAACUUAUGAUAAUGCCCGAGAGAAUCUCAUGUCUUUGCCUGGAAUUGGCCCUAAAGUAGCCGAUUGUAUUUGUCUAAUGUCGCUCGGCCACUUGGAAGCAAUUCCCGUUGACACUCACAUAUUUCAAGUUGCCUGUGCCAACUACAUGCCUCAUUUAGGUAAGCAAAAAACUGUCACUCCAAAAAUUCAUCAAGAAAUAAACUCCUAUCUACGCGAGAUGUGGGGCCCUUUAGCUGGCUGGGCUCAGACUAUUGUGUUCUGUGAUAAAAUUAAUUCAACUGACAAAAGGAAAAACAAAAAGCGCUCUGUGCCUACAGAAGACAGUGUUAAAACCAAGAACUCCAAAAGAUUGGUGAAACCGUAG